AGUGGAAGUAAAAGAUUAACGCCGCACUCCGGGGUCUAUCCGUAAAAACCCAACAAAGACGCUCGAGGGGUGUUGCACCUGGCCCGGCACGGUCGCACUCCCACUCCCACUCGCACCACCAAAUUCACCACUUCAUCCGUCGCCGACGAGCAGAGCUAGCGAGGGGAAGGAGAAGAUGGGUGGCGGGAUGGAGGUGCACAAGAACCGGUGGAUCGAGGAGUGGAACGCCGGCCGCGAGAACCUCGAGUUCAACUUCCGCUGGACGCGCCGCAGCCUCGCCGUCGUAGGCCUCUUCGGCCUCGCCGUCCCCAUCCUCGUCUACAAGGGCAUCGUUCGCGAAUUCCACAUGCAAGAUGAGGAUGCGGGAAGACCGUUGAGGAAGUUCCUGUAACCUGGAGAACCAUGCUCAUUUUGUUUAAGAAAUAAGUGUUUUUGCCAGAUCUUGGCAGUGUCAACAUGAGAAACAUAAUUGUACUCAGUUCUCUGUAAUCACUUAAGUUGUUGUGCUUCGCUCCAGCUGUUUCUUUGAGGAACCUCUGUACCUUCUUGGCUUCUUUAUGACUAUGGCAAUGGGCAUACAUUAUUUUCCCACCAAGAGGAGUAUGUAGCUGUGUA